UGGGGCAGCGGGAGCCGACCCCGUCCUCCCUUCCUCCCUCCCUCCCCUCCGCGGUUUUCCGGCGGCGCCAUUCCGGCGUUGCCGCCCCCCCUCUCGCGUCACUUCCGGCGGAAGCGGAGCGGGCAGCGGCGCGCGGGGCCGGGGCCGCGCGGGCAGGAUGGGGGACAGCGAUGACGAGUACGACCGGCGGCGCAGGGACAAGUUCCGGCGGGAGCGCAGCGACUACGAGCGCUCCCGGGAGAGGGAGGAGAGGAGGAGGGACGACUGGAGUGACCGGGACUGGGAGCGGGGCCGCGAGCGCCGCAGCCGCGAUUACCGGGACUACGAGCGCAGCCGGCGGGAGCGAUUCUCCCCGCCCCGGCACGAGCUGAGCCCGCCCCAGAAACGGCUGCGCAGGGACUGGGAUGACCACGGCAGCGACCCCUACCACAGCGGCUACGAGCUGCCCUACGGCGGGGGAGGGGCCGGGCCCACCUACGGCCCCCCCCAGGCGCCCUGGGGCCCCCACGAGAUGCAGCAGCAGCUCCUGCAGCACCAGCUGCUGCCCAUCCAGGCCAGGCUGGGCACGAUCGCGGAGGUGGAGCUGGGCGCGGCGCCCCCCGUGAUGAAGAGCUUCAAGGAGUUCCUGCUGUCGCUGGACGACGCCGUGGACGAGACGGAGGCCGUGAAGCGCUACAACGACUACAAGCUGGACUUCCGGCGGCAGCAGCUGCAGGAGUUCUUCCUGGCCCACAAGGACGAGGAGUGGUUCCGCUCCAAGUACCACCCCGACGAGGCCGGGCGGCGGCAGCAGGAGGCGCAGGCCGCCCUCAGGAACCGCCUGGGCGUCUUCCUCUACCUCUGGGAGCACGGCUGGUUCGACAACCUGCUGCUGGACAUCGACCGCGCCCCGCAGAUCAUCAAGACCCUGGACGCGGCGGUGAUUAAGAUGGAGGGGGGCACGGAGCACGACCUGCGGAUCCUGGAGCAGGAGGAGGAGGAGGAGCGGGCGGACAAGGCCGAAGGCCCCAAGAAAGAGGAGCCGAGACCCCCAGAGCCCCCCGGGAAGGGCCCCCCCGAGCGCCCCGAGGGCGACGACAGCGCCAAGGCCGAAGGGGCGGAGCCAGGGGCGGAGCCUGCAGCAGGGGCGGGGCCAGAGGAGGAGGAGGGGCCGGACAAGGGGCCCAAGGCCGAGGAAGGCGACAAGGAGGGCGGGGCCAAGGCGCGGCCGCGGCAGCGCAGCCGGGACAGCGAGGACGGGGACAGCGACAGCGGGGGACAGCGAGGGGACACACAGGGGACAGCCCCACAAGGAUGCGAGGGGACAGCGACAGCGGGGACAGCGAGGGGACACACAGGGGACAGCCCCACAAGGAUGAGGAGCCCAAGGAGGACAAACCCCCCCCCGAGGCGGCCCCGGGGACCCCUCCCCCCGCGGCGGGGGGCUCCCCUCCCCCCAAGGCCAAGGAGGGGCCCCCGGGGGGGGGGCCCGGGGGGGGGCCCGGGGGGGGUCCCCGAGGCGCGGCCGCGGCCCCUGCACAAAACCUGCUCGCUCUUCAUGAGGAACAUCGCGCCCAACAUCGCCCAGGCCGAGAUCGUGGCGCUGUGCAAGCGCUACCCCGGGUUCAUGCGCGUGGCGCUGUCGGAGCCGCAGCCCGAGAGGAGGUUUUUCAGGAGGGGCUGGGUGACCUUCGACCGCAGCGUGAACAUCAAGGAGAUUUGCUGGAGCCUGCAGAACAUCCGGCUGCGGGAGUGCGAGCUGAGCCCCGGCGUGAACCGGGACCUGACGCGGCGCGUGCGCAACGUCUCGGGGCUGACGCAGCACCGGCCCAUCGUGCGCCACGACAUCAAGCUGGCGGCGCGCCUGGUGCAGGCGCUGGACGCCCGCGCGCGCCUCUGGAGCCCCCCCGGCGCCGCCGCGGGGGACGGCGCCGGGGACAGCGCCGGGGACAGCGCCGGGGACAGCGAGCCGCCGCCCGCCGCCGAGCCCGGGGCCCAGAACCCGGUGCUGCGGCACAUCCCCAGUGAUGUCCCCAUUGAUGUCCCCAAUGUCCCCAACGCGCAGAACCCGGUGCUGCGGCACAUCACCGAUUACCUGAUCGAGGAGGUGAGCGCCGAGGAGGAGGAGCUGCUGGGGGGCCAGGGCGCAGCCCCGGCCGAGGACGCCGCGCGCGAGACCAACCCGGCCGAGGUCACCGUGGAGCGCGACGAGAAGCUGCUCAAGGUGCUGGACCGCCUCCUGCUGUACCUGCGCAUCGUGCACUCGGUGGAUUACUACAACACCUCCGAGUACCCCAACGAGGACGAGAUGCCGAACCGCUGCGGGAUCAUCCACGUGCGGGGCCCCUGCCCGCCCAACCGCGUCUCCCACGGCGAAGUGGCCGAGUGGCAGCGCGGGUUCGAGGCGCGCCUGGCCCCGCUGCUGGCCGGCCCCGGCGCGGUCCCCGAGGAGGAGGCGCAGCGCCUCGGCCGCAAGGACCCCGAGCAGGAGCUCGAGAAGUUCGUCAGCGCCAACACCCAGGAGCUGGGCAAGGACAAGUGGCUGUGCCCCCUCAGCGGCAAGAAGUUCAAGGGCCCCGAGUUCGUGCGCAAGCACAUCUUCAACAAGCACGGGGACAAGAUGGGCGCCGUGCGCAAGGAGGUUUUGUUCUUCAACAAUUUCCUGAUGGACCCGAAGCGCCCGGCCCUGCCCGAGGGGGGCAAGGGGGGCCCCGCCGGGGGGCCCAACGCCGGCCUGGCCCCCGGGACCCUCCCGUACCCCCCCCAGUCCCCCCAGGGGUUGAUGCCCUACGGGACCCCCCGGCCCCCCAUGCUGGGCUACGGAGGAUCCCACCCGUACCCCCCCGGGCCCUACGGGGGUCGCGGCAGCUACGAAACCUUCCGGGGGGCAGGGCGGGGCCGGGGGGGGGGUACCUGAACAAACCCCGCAGCAGGUGAGGCCCGGGGCACCCCAAAAAUGGGGGGGGACCCCGAAAAUGGG